AUUAGUGUGUGCAGAAUGGAGCUCAUAUAUUAUUUGGUGGACGUAUCAAAAUGAUAAAUUAUGACAAUAUUUCAUGGAUGGAAGAAGUAAUAGAGAAAAUGAAAAUAUUAUGAAUUGAUCAAAAUUGCAAAACUGAAAAUAAUAUAGUUGACGAGAGAGAAGUUCACAAAAAAAUAAAAAAAAAUUGUGGAGGAGAGAGUAAUAUUGCUACUUCCAUUCCAUUUCUUACUUGUUCCUUCUUAGUUCUUCCCAUGAUCUUGCCCUUGUUCCUAAAUCGAACUAAGAUUGUUUCGUAAUUUGUAUGAGAAAUUAUCCGUUGUCGAUCAAUUAAUUAUUCUGCUUGAAUUCGCUCUCAUUUACGACAUCUUUUCUUUUCGUGCGCUUUCUCAUUGAACAAACAACCGUAUAAAAAACUCAGUGAAAUAAAAGGGCGCAAUAUGUCGCGUCUGUGGGCAAGGGUCGUAGGGUUAUUCAGCAAUCGAGCAUUUGUCGGAAUGGAUAAAACCGGCAAUCGAUACUUCACCAAGACUGAGGAAAUCGACGGUAUAAUGAAGGAGAAAAGGUUGGUAAUAUUUAAAGGAGAGCAGGAUCCCACAUCCAUUCCGGUUGAAUGGAUAUGUUGGCUGAAUGGGCAACGUAAAAUAGCUCCAACACCAGAGGAAAUGGCUCAGCUGGAGGCAAGGAGGGAACGUGUUAAACUGAAUGUUGCUCUCCUCAAAAAGGAAGAAGAAGAAAGGAAAGCUAGGGAAGGAAAAGCCCCCAAAAUUGGAAAAACUACUGGCCCUGACUUGAAAAGUUUUAUCCAACAGUUUCCUACUGAUUCAGAAGGCAAGAAAAUUGAAGCAGCAUCAGACUCCAAGGAUGUCAGGAGUGAUCAAGGCUUUGAAGGAUCUCGUGAGAAGAAAGAAGAGCCGGAGUUGUCGGAGCCUACGGGAUCUGGUGAAUCAUUCCGACCGGGGACAUGGCAACCACCAAUGUGAGUCACAUUUUCACACUUACACUCACUUCAAUUGUGGGAGAAUACUUCAAUGCUGUAUCAGAAUCUUGCAGACUGCCAUUAGAUCCCAUCCUAGACGUAGAGGUUAUAGCGCUGAAUCUAUUCAAUUUUUAUUCAGUUUCUUGUUAGAAAAUUCAGUUACUUCCUUUGUCACCGCAGAUAAGGUUUUGCCAUUUACAUUACACGCCUCUUUUGAAUUUAGAAAACUUGCUGUUGAAACUUGUAAUUAACCAAGCAACGUGCGAUUUGCUUAUUAAAUCUUAUCUUAGUAAAUACUCACAUUUUUUUGCUUUCA